AUGGCGCACAAGACCACCCAUAACAUCAAGAUUGCGCCGUUCGAGGCCACCCCUCUGGACGAGAUCCCCAAGAUCGCUGCUCUCCACCGCAGCACCUUCAAGUCCCAGAAGACCAAGGAUGUCCAGUACAGACUAGUCCAGCUGCGCAAGCUGUACUGGGGCCUUCUGGACCUGACCGACAAGUUUGUUGAGUCCAUGAAGCAGGACCUGAACAAGUCGGCUCAUGAGUCCCACAUGAUGGAGGUUGGCUGGGCCAUCCAGGACUGCCUCUACACCCUCCAGCACCUCGAGAAGUGGGCCGCCGACGAGAAGCCCGAGGAUGUUGCCCUGCAGUACUCGAUGCUGAACCCCCGUAUCCGCAAGGAGCCCCUGGGCGCCGUGCUGAUCAUCGGCACCUACAACUUCCCGGUCAACUUGAAUGUAUGCCCUCUCAUCGGCGCCAUUGCCGCCGGCUGCCCCGCGGUUCUGAAGCCCUCCGAAGGCGCACCUGCGACCGCGGUCGUCCUGAAGGAGCUCGUCGAGAAGUACCUGGACCCGGAGGCCUACACUGUUGUCAACGGAUACGUCCCGGAGACCACUGCUCUGCUCAACGAGAAGUGGGAGAAGAUCUUCUACACCGGAGGCGUGAACGUGGCCAAGAUCAUCUCCAAGAAGGCAGCUGAGACUCUUACCCCCGUCACCUUGGAACUGGGCGGCAAGAACCCUGCCUUCGUGUCGAAAUACGCCGACUUGCCCCUCACUGCUCGCAGACUGCUGUGGGGAAAGACCGUCAACGCUGGGCAGAUUUGCAUGUCCGCGAACACUGUCCAUGUCGAUAGGGAGAUCCUGGAUGACUUCAUCAGGGUCCUCGACGCGACUUACAAGGAGUUCUUCCCCAAUGGCGCCAAGGCCAGCCCCGAUUUCGCUCGCGUGGUGAACCAGCAGCACUUUGACCGCAUGAAGAAGAUGCUGGACAACACCAAGGGCAAGAUCGUCAUGGGAGGCGAGACAGACAGAGAUGACCUCUUCAUCGCACCGACAGCAGUGCUUGUGGACUCAGCCGAUGACUCCAUGGUUCAGGAAGAAUCCUUCGGACCCAUCUGGUCUAUUCUGCCGUAUGACAGCCUUGACAGCGCUCUCAACGUUGCUCAGGAGAUCGACCCGACCCCCCUCUCCCUCAUGACCUUCGGCCGAAAGGCUGAGAACGACAAGGUUCUCGGCACCAUGACGUCAGGCGGUGCUUCCAUCAACGACGCUUACAUGCACGGCGCCAUCGUGAACAUGCCCUUCGGCGGUGUAGGCACGUCUGGCACUGGCGCAUACCGUGGCAAGGCUUCUUUCGACACCUUCUCGCACCGUCGCACGGUUACCGAGACUCCCGGCUGGAUGGACAAGCUGCUGAGCGUGCGCUACAUGCCGUUCAGCCAGUCUGAGCUCAAGCAGUACCAGUGGAUGAACAGCCAGAAGCCCGACUUCGACCGCGACGGCAAGAAGAUUACAGGACCCGGCUACUGGGUGUGGUUGGUCUUCGGACUAGGUGGCCCUUCGGCCAAAGGUGCGUUAUUCCGAUGGCUUCUGGUGUUGGCGACCGGAUAUCUAGCUGUGAACAAGUUUAACUUGAAAUCGCGGUGGUUAGGUGCUCAAGCAUGA